AUGGGCAUCAGCAAGGAAAGAGUCAACCCUAUAAAAGACAACUGGAAGUGUGUCCUCAUUUGUCUGGCUGUGUCUAUCGCAAAUUGUCAGUAUGGAUUUGACACGGCGACCGUCGGUGGCUUUCAAGCGAUGGUAGGAUUUCUGGAGAUUUUUGGGUAUCGCAAUCCGGAAUCAGAAAUUGGCUGGAGCAUCAGAACCCAGACCCAGCAACUCAUGACAUCUUUCAUCAAUGUCGGCACCAUCAUCGGCGUGUUUGUCACUGCCCCUUUUGCCCGCUAUUUUGGGCGUCGGCCAGGGAUGUGGGUGGCUAGCCUGAUCAACUUCAUCGCAGCCGGAGUUCAAGUAGGCACUACUUCGCUGGCCGGGCUCUAUGCGGGAAGAAUUCUCAUUGGUUUGGCCAACGGAUAUUUCAUUACAUUCGCCAAUGUCUACGUCGCCGAGGUUGCUCCUGCACACCUCCGUGGUCUUCUGGUGUCAUUCUUUGGGAUUUGGGUCAAUAUCGGUAGCGUGAUGGGCGCUGUUGCUGACAAUUACUCGAAAGAAUAUUUGAAUAAGUUGUGCUAUCAGAUUCCUCUCGCCAGCCUUUUUGCUGUGCCAUUCCUUUUGAGUGUGUUUCUCAUCUUUGUCCCCGAGUCACCUAGGUGGCUUCUUGUCCACAACCGUCCCAAAGAGGCGAAGAGGGCGCUCGAACGAUUACGAGGAAAUUCCCUGGCGCCAGAAUUUCUUCAUGAAGAAUAUGUGGAAAUGGCACGCGGGAUCGAAGAAGAGAAGGAAUUGGCCUCAUCGGCCUCCAUUCUCGACAUCAUCAGGGGAACCGAUUUGAGAAGAACGAUUAUCUGCUUUGGCACAAUUCUCUCUCAUGCUGGAGCUGGACUCUGGUUGAUUAUUGGCUAUGGGACCUUUUUCUUCCAAAUAGCAGGCAUCGAUAAGCCGUUCCAGGCGUCAGUUAUUUCAACUUGCGGUAGCUUCGCCGGUGUCCUCGUUGGGCUUUACUUCACUACCAAAGUCAUCGGUCGACGGACAUCAAUGCUUUUUGGCUCUGCCACCGCCUCUCUGUGUAUGCUCGCCAUAGGUAUUGCUUACACUGUCGGAGGCACAUCUCAUCCAGCGGGCACUGCCAUCGUGGCAUUCAUGGUCCUUUAUGGUUUCUUUUACAAUGGCUUCUCCGGAACUCUGAGCUGGCCAGUUGCGACUGAGGUUGUGAGCUCGCGUCUCAGAGUCUUGACCAUUGGCGUCUGCACAGGCAUCAACUACUUUUUCAACUGCGAGUGGCUUACCUCGUAUACUGCUCCUUACUUCAUCAAUCCCAACGAGCUCAAUUGGGGUGCAAAAUAUGCAUUUGUGUGGGCGGGCUCGAAUGCUUGUGUUUUUCUUUUCUUUUUCUUCCUCCUUCCUGAGAUGAAGGAUCGAUCUCUCGAAGAAUUAGACGAGCUGUUUCAAAACCGCGUCUCUGUCCGAAAUUUCAAGAAAUACCAAUGUGUCAGCUCUGAACGCGCAAGGGAAGUUGCUCUCAAGGAAGCUGGUCAAGGUUUGGAGGGGAAGAAAGAUGUCAUCGUGGAAACGGUGGAAGACGCCUCCGAAUCCAAAGUCUGA